UUCAAUUCCGCCUUUAAAAAAGCGAAAAUUAUAACCUAAAAAACACUUCUAAAACAUCUUAUUGACACAUUUCACCUCAUUUGUGUUGCAAACAAAUUUUUUAUGAGAGCAGGUUGAAGAGAGGUUGAACAAAAUUUGGCUUCCAAGAUCAAAGAGGAGGAGUUGAAGACUGAUUUUAGAAGCUUCAACAAGUGUUGCAGCAUCAUUUCCAUACAUUUUCAAGCUUCCAUUGGCAGCAAGAGGAACUAGAAUGGCAUCUACAUCUUCCUCCAUUGGCAAUGAACAAGUAAUUGCAAAACAAAGAAAUGAUCCAAAUUCUCCCUUAUGGAAAUAUGUGGACAUUAUAAAACAACUUCCGGGAGGUGGGGGAUUCCGUUGGAAAUGCCAUGGAUGUGAUAUUGAACGUAAUAGUUCAUAUUAUCGAGUGGUAGGCCAUUUGUGUGGAAUAAAAGGAAGAGGCAUCAAAAAAUGCCCUGGCAAAAAUGGUAAACCUAUACCAGAUGAGAUAGUGAUGAAAUAUAUUAGGGAGCAUGAGGCGGCAGAAGAGAGGGAAGCCCGUAGAUUGAACCAAACCGCAUCAAAGAAAACAAGGGGAAUGCAAGGCCCUUCUAAUCCCAGUAUUGUAGUAGAAGACCACCCCUUCUUUGCCACAAAUGAACCUCAAAGUGAACCACCCUUGACACGUAAAAGAACAAAAGGGCCUUUAGAAACCGCAUUCCAAAAUGAGAGUAGAGACAAUGCUGAUCAAGAUAUAGUAAGGUGCAUUUAUGCAAAUGGUUUGUCAUUCAAUGUUGUUCGCUCCCCAUAUUGGAAGCAAAUGAUAAAAAGUGUUAAUGAGGCACCAAGAGGGUAUAAGGGCCCCGGUUAUGAGAAGGUACGUGGAACAUUAUUGGAGAAAGAGGUGAAGAGGGUUGAAGAUGCAUUGAAACCCAUAAGGGAUUCGUGGGUUGAGACAGGUGUAACAAUUGUUUCAGAUGGGUGGAAAGAUGCUAAAAACCGUCCCUUGAUCAAUGUCAUAGCGGUGUCCCCUAAAGGGGCAAUGUUUUUGAGAGCUGUGGAUUGUGAGGGCCAAAUAAAAGAUGGCGAAUUUAUUGCAGAAAUUCUCAUCUCUGCCAUUGAGUCUGUGGGACCCCGCAAUGUUGUCCAAGUCAUAAUGGACAAUGCAAAAAAUUGUAGAGCUGCUGGUUUGUUGGUUGAGCAACGCUAUGAUCACAUCUUUUGGACACCUUGUGCGGUACAUUCACUCAAUCUUAUGCUACAAAGGAUUGGGCAAAAAAUAAAAUGGAUCAGAGAUGUGUAUGCAGAGGCUGAGGACAUCCAGAUGUUCAUCACAAACCACCACAUGUCUCAAGGGAUUUUUAGAACCUAUUCGAAUUUGGAGCUAUUGAAGGUAAGUGAAAUAGUAAUUUAAUUUUACAUUUUCUGAUUUUUUUGAAUUUUCAAUGUUAAUAAUAUCAUUGUGUAAGCUAUAUUGUGUAUUCUUCUUUAAAGUUUGGCUUUAUUUUUUAAUAAUUUGGCAUUAAUUUGUGUUAUAGGUUGCUGAGACCCGUUUUGCAUCAAACACAAUCGUCUUAAGACGACUUGUGAAAGUUAGAGUGGCACUAUGCAAUAUGGUGAUCAGCACCAAUUGGACUGUAUGGAAGCAAAGUAGCACUGAGAGGGCAGGAAAAAUUAGGGAUAGAAUAUUGGAUGAGAAAUGGUGGGAUCUUGUUACAUAUCUCCUAAGUAUCAC